AUGGCGCUUCAACACUUUGCGUACAGCAUGUCUCCGAACAGGAGCAUUGGCGUCCUCGUGGCCGCCAGCUUCGCGCCGUUGACGCUCCGCGGCUGCGCCGUGGAGGUGGAGGUGCGUGGAAACUGUGCGCGUGUGAAUGUGCGCUACGAGUACGACAACCACACCGGCAAGGACCAGCGCGUGAUUGCCGCCUACCCACUUCCCACCACGUGGGAUCUCAUGGGAUGCCGGGCCGACUACUUUGGCGACUCUGUGCUAACAGAGUACGCCCAUACGGUGCCUCUGCGCUCCUCCGCCGAGGCUGGCGUCGCGGGGCUGCGGGGACCCAUGUCCGACCAAACCAUGUGGACGGUUGCGUCGCAGCAGCUGCCGUGGGUCGUUGGGGUUGGCUCGACGGUCCUUAUCGGCGCGACGUAUCACGUGCCGCUCGACGUGACGCGGUGGUACGGUGUGGUGCGUAUCCAUCUCCCAGCUGAGCUGUUUCCCGAGGUCAAGGCGCCACCACCGACCACGUUGGACUAUGCCUCGCUGUUUGACAUGAAGGUGCCGGCGAGGCUUCCGCGUGGGCAGACCAUUCAAGCCAAAUGUGACAUGUUUGUGCCUCUCUCAGGCGCCGUGCGAGUGCGGCCGGUGGACGCGGAGCCGCAGACGCAGGUGGAUUACAUCGGUGACAGUGGCUUCUUACUGAAAUACGCGGCACCGUUUACAACGCAAAUGCGAGACGGGUUUGAAAUAGGGUGUGUCGUGCAUGGAACGGCAGAGCCGCUGCGUUUUUUCCUUGCCAAAGACGUUGGUGCACUCGUGCAGGACGUGGACCGCCAUGCGCUGACCCUGAUGUUCACACCGCAUCUUGAGGAACGGCGUGGCUGCCUUACAAACGCCGAGUUGGUGCUGGUUAUAGACUCACACAGCCACCAGUCGUGUGAGGCGAUGGCGUACGGUAUUUCGGUCGGCCUGCGUGGUUUGCCCGACUCCGUGUUUCUGAAUGUGGUGGUGGUGGGCGAGAAGAAAGAUGUUUGCCCCUGGCAGCGCGGCGCCGUGCCGCUGCGUGAGGUGCAGUUUGACAAACUUGCCGCCUUCAUCGCGGAGACAAAGCUGCAGGCUGCCAAAACAGGCGCUUCGCACCUGCGCCGCACCCUGCGUGAGGUGAUGUCGCAGGAGGCCGUUUCGCUCUGCGGCCCCGUCCCGGUGGGGUACGUGCGCCAUGUGGUUGUGCUCUCUGACGAGGGCGACUCACGGCAUGCGACGGAAAUCAUUGAGAUCGCGACGCGCCACCGGCACAACUUGUGCUUCAGUGCCGUGGGACUACGCUCUCCAGGGACGCUAGAUGCGCCGACGCUGCGGCUGCUUGCGGAAGAGGGCGGAGGCUUCUACCGUGACGCGGCCGACGCCGCGGAGCUCCCAGAGGCGCUCGUGGAAGUUUUGUCGCAGGUAGUCGUUCCAACUUUGACGGAUAUCGUCAUUCGCUUUGAUGAGCCCGAAGUGCGCCUGUCGACUGGCAACAAGAUGCCUGCGGUGGCGCAGGGAACGCAGCGCUUCGUGCACGGCCUGGCCCCUGCCUCCCUCGAGACAUUGGGCGUCUACGUGACAGGCCGCGUCGGCGCCACCGUCGUAGAAUACGUGGGGAAAGGCAACAUGCAGGACGUCAUCUUCACCUCCGAGGCGGAGCUCCACAACGCCUUCUCCAUUGGCCUCUUUCACCUCGCCGCCGCCUCCAGCAGAGGGCGCUACCUCCUCGACACCCGCGGGGUAUCAGCACUGACACUGGCGGAGAUGGAAGAGGUCGUACGGCUCUCCACUACAUUUUUGCUGCCAUCGCCGUACACAGAGAUGCUGCAGCUGCGACCCACCGUUGAUGCACAGGCGCAGACACCUCGCAGCGUCGUAGCGAUGCGGUACGUGCCACGCAGCUGGACCUAUGCACAAACGAUGAAGCGGUACCGACGCCAGCGGCUCGCGGACGGUCUUAUCGAUGGCCGCCCAACGCCGCUGCAGAGCGCCACACAACAACAGCCUCAGCCGAUGCGGACGCUGCUAGGGGUCUUCAAGACGUCUGGUGCUUGUGCCGCACUUGUGCGGCCGCCUACGUCUAAAGAGUUUAUUCGCGCCAUCGUUGCCGAGGUGGCGGAGUCCGUUGUCGCCGGGCCUAGCCUCGAGCGGCUUACCGCGCUGCAAGCUGCCGAUGGCUCCUUCCCGUUGAGCCCUCUCCUUGGUAUCAGCGUUGGGGUGUCGCUCGACCGGCUGGAGCGCGAGUUUCCGCUGGUGAGCUUUGGCACCAGCGAGGACUUCACAGCCGGCAUGGAGUACCUGCGGAGCCACGAGCGUUUUUGGGCCACCGCGAUAGCGGUUGCGGCGAUGGAGCUUCGGUCCUUCGCCAUCACAGCCAUGGCGUACCGGAGGGCGCUGUCAUUCCUGGGUUCCCAUGACGACAAGGGGGAGCUGCUGCAUCAUGCGCGGGAAAUGCUCAAGCAGCCGCCCUCUGUACCGUGUGAGUGA